CCUGUGUGAGUUGCAGCCUGGCAGUGCCCCCCUACCCCCACCCCAGAGGGACCAGAAACACUCCCCCCACGUAUCCUGGGGUAAGGGAAGGGCCAGGGCCCCCCACACCGAUCUUGCUACUCAAGGACCAGCCCCUGCCUGGGGCGCGGAGGAGGCUGGGGCAGCGCCACACACCGGCAGUGCCCCCUCCCGGGCGGAGAUGGAAGCCAAUGCAGCAAGCGACGAGGGUGUGCAUUUCCAGAGCUACCCCUUCGACUUCCUGGAGUUCCUGAACCACCAACGCUUUGAACCUAUGGAGGCCUACAACCACGAGCACGCCAAAGCAGUUGCCGCCCUUCCCUGCCCACAGCCACAGUAUGACUAUACCCAGCCACCCACGGCUGCCCCACCUGCCCACUUUGACCGCGUCCCCACUGCUGUAGGUACCUCAAAGCCCAAAGUCGAAGGCCCGUCCUCCUCCUCUUCCUCGGCCGCCUCAGCUGCCAGCGUCCAAGUCAAGAAAGCUGAGCCAGGGGGCCCCGCCCCACCACAGCAGCCGCAGCAGCCGCCACCGCAGCAGCAGCCCUACAGCACCCCCGCAGUGGUGCCAGCUGCAGGCCAGCCUCUCUUUGACAGCACAGCAGCUGCCGCAGCUGCCGCAGCUGCCUACAACACUCCCCAGUGGGGCAUCGUGGACCUUUCCGGCCACCAGCACCUCUUCAGCAGCCUCAAGCGCGGGCAGGCGCCUCCCCCUGCAGCUGCCACUGUCACCACUGACAGCCAAGCAGGCAAGGACGACAAGAACUACUUCCGGCGAUUGAAGUACUUCAUCGAUCGGCGCUUCCCGUGUGGAGUGUGCCAGAAGUCAUUCAAGCAGUCCUCCCACCUGGUGCAACACAUGUUGGUGCACACAGGGGAGCGGCCGUAUGAGUGCACCACCUGCGGACGCACCUACAAUCACAUCUCCAGCCUCAUCAGGCACCGCCGCUGCCACAAGGACACGGAGGAUGCCACGGCGGCUGCCAAUGCUGCCGCUGCCAAUGUUGUGGCUGCGGCAGCGGCGGCGGCGGCUAAUACCAACACCAACACGGCAACCAGUGCCACUGGUGCUGAGGGGGCAUCCCACCCUCCUACCCAGAGUGGCAACCCCCAAGCAGUGCCGGCCCCGGCCGUGGGGACAGCUGCCUCUGCCCUCAGUGCUGCCAUAGCUCAGGCCGAAGGCCCCUUCACCUGCUCCCUCUGCUGGAAAGUGUUCAAGAAGCCAAGCCACCUGCACCAACAUCAGAUCAUCCACACCGGUGAAAAGCCGUUCUCAUGCUCUGUCUGUCAGAAGAGUUUCAACCGCCGUGAGAGCUUGAAACGACAUGUGAGGACCCAUUCGGACCUGCUGCGGGUGCAGUGUGGGGUCUGUGGCAAGGAGUUUCGGGACGCCUCCUACCUGCUCAAGCACCAGGCCACCCAUGCCCCUCCUGGCACCUUGCCCCCGCGCCCUGAGUACAAAUGCGACAUCUGUGGCAAGGGCUAUGUGGCCCCCCAGAACCUGCUGCGCCAUCGGCAGCUGCAACAUGAGGGAGCCCAGCUGCCCAAGGAUGGCACCAGUGCCCUGUCCUACCUGCCCCCUGGGGCUUAUCUCCUUCCACAGGACCCACAGGCUACCAGCUCCGAGGGAGACACAAAGCCCACAUCGUACGGACUCUUGGGUGCCCACCCGCUGCUGGUGGGAACAGCAGCAGGCAAGAAUUUCUGCUGUGGGAUCUGCGGUCGUGGCUUUGGGCGGCGGGAGACACUGAAGAGACACGAGCGGAUCCACACAGGUGAGAAGCCUCACCAAUGUGCAGUGUGUGGGAAGCGCUUCCGUGAAUCUUUCCACCUCAGUAAGCACCAUGUGGUUCACACCCGGGAGAGGCCCUACAAAUGUGAGAUCUGCGGGAAGGUUUUUGGCUACCCACAGAGCUUGACACGGCACAAACAGAUCCACCGGCUGCAGCUGCCUUGCUCUCUGCCGCCCAUGGGGCCCUCACUCACACCCAUGGGGCCUUCACUGCCCCCGCCUCCCGAGGGGCUAACCUACGGUUGUUCCGACUGUGGAGAGCGCUUUCCUGACCUUUUCCACGUCAUGAGCCACAAGGAGGUCCAUGUGGCUGAGAAGCCGUACCCUUGCGACGUCUGUGGGAAGUGCUUUGGUUUCAUCGAGAACCUCAUGUGGCAUAAGCUAGUCCACCAGGCUGCGCCCGAGCGGCUCCUACCACCAGAUGAAACAGCAGCUGCAGUAGCACCCCUGGAGAACGGGUUGGCCAGUGGCGACAACUUGACAUCCUAUGAAGACCACCACCCCACCUUGCCAAGUGGGGAACGCUUCUCCUGCUCCAUCUGUGGCCAGACCUUCAAACAUUUCCUGGGACUUGUGACCCACAAGUAUGUGCACCUGGUGCGCCGCACGUUGGCCUGCACAGUCUGUGGGCAGAGUUUUGCAGGGGCCUAUGACCUGCUGCUGCAUCGCCGCACCCACCUCCAGAAGCGCCACUUCUCCUGCCCCGUCUGUGGCAAGCGCUUCUGGGAGGCUGCCCUUCUGAUGCGCCACCAGCGCUGCCACACAGAGGAGCGCCCGUACCGCUGCGCAGUCUGUGGGCGUGGGUUCCUGCGCUCGUGGUACCUCCGCCAACACAAAGUGGUGCACACUGGCGAGCGUGCCUACAAGUGUGCCCUUUGCAACAAGCGUUUUGCCCAGUCGUCCAGCCUGGCUGAACAUCAGCGCCUUCACGUUGUCGCCCGGCCUCAGCGUUGUCCCACAUGCGGCAAGACCUUCCGCUAUCGAAGCAACCUCCUGGAGCACCAGCGGGUGCACCUGGGUGAGAAAGUCUACCGCUGUGACAGAUGCUCCAAGAGCUUCUUCUACCUGUCGUCCAUCCUGCGCCACCAACGCUCCCAUGAUGCUAAACGUGAGUUGCGAUGUGGAGCCUGUCUCAAGCUCUUCAAAGAUCCCAAGUAUUUCAGCAAGCACCUCCAGGCCCACCAAGGUGGGCGGCCCUUCAAGUGCAGCACCUGCGGGGAAGCCUUCUCCAACACCUACGGCCUCAAGAAACACCGCCACAUCCACAAGAUGGAGCGUUUUGCUGCCAUGGGGGGCCACAAGGAACAACCUUAGUGUUGGCAUGCCAACAGAAUAGAUGGGUGGUCUUUAUGCUAAUACUCUAGGGUGGAAGAUAAGGCCAGUUCUAGGCGAAUGUGAGCCAGAAGGGGAGGGAUUUCAUUUCCAUAAAAAGUAGGUUAAAUGUGCUUGUUGGCAGCGAGAGGCUACACUUGGGGAUGGAUUUUGGAAAAAAGUCAUCAGCUGAGAAGCGCAUGGGUGGGGCAAUCCAUGUAGAACUAGCAAUGCAAUGCAGAAGGUGCUUAAGUAGAGAGAGGCAGCUGCCAGCUAACCUGCUGGAUCUCUGUUCCUCAAAACCAAUAGAUAUUGUCCUGUUCACCCUGGAUUCCCUAACCUAAAUGGGGUGGAAGAGAUGUCCGUCAGAGAGGUGACUCUUUCCUACUCAGCAUGAAUGCAGCUUUGGGGGUUGGUCAUUUCUUGCUUCUCCCAAAGAGUGGGAAGAAAGGAAUGGAAUGGUGCUGGUGGAAUAACCAUGUUUCUGAUUGAAGCCUACAUCUUGGAGCAGAUGUCCACCUGGGUCCCCAUCUUCAGGAAGAGAUGGUGCUUCCUGUACUCCCCUUUAAUUAGAAUGGAACAUUAGAGCCAAUCCAUAUGUUUUGGGACAGGAUAGGCCAGGACAUGCCACAGUCUUCAAGGAGCAUGCGCCAAACUUUUCCACAAACCCAGCCACCGGAUCUAUGCCAUACUUGCUUUUGGGGGGAAAGUCGUGGAUUUGUAUACUUUCUUCACAUUUAUAAAGACAAUAGGCUAGCUAUCAUUUUCUUAGGAGCUUGGGAACUAGUGGGACAUGGCUGCUGACUGAAGACACUUUUAAUCAUGAGCGGACUAGAACAUUAGAGGAGCCUGCUUGAACUGUGAUCUUGUGUGUGGUGCAAAAUGGCCGAGAUGCCACUGAACCAUAAAAUCUCUCCCUGACUUCCAUGCAGUACCAGUUCAUGAUGCAGCUGGAAGAUCACAAUGCUCCCUCCCACGAGAAAGAAACAACUCCCUAUCACAGGAAAUUAGCAAAUCUGGAAGGAGGGUUCUAGCCUAGCUGUCUCCCUGAUACACUAACUGUCCACAUAGAUGGAGCAUUGAAUAUGAAAGAGAAUUCAGACAUGUCGUUCCUCCAUAUGCAUCCCGAGGUGCCACAGACUUGGGAGAAUUGUACCAUGUGCUCUUUUCAGUAUUUGACUUGGCCCUCAGAGGGUAGGCGGGAGAUACAGACGCACCCUUCCUGUCCUCCACUGUUGUAUCAGCCUCUCUCCUCUGGGUUAGCCCAUGGUGCUGCUUCCUCUGUGCCCCAGCGUGUGAGGCUGCUUGCACAGGCCUCCUCUAGAUG